CGUUACAAUGAUUUAUGACGUGAUAAUAAUUCUCGAGUGAGGAAAAGUUACAGACAGGUGUUCAAGUUGCAUUCAAGUUGUCAGUUUGUUCUGCAUGUGAAGAAGAGACUUGAAGUGCUGAGGAAAUGUUGUUCCUCCUCAUCCUGUUUUGUUGGGGUCCAGCUGUAGUGACUUCUAGCCAGGUCUGGCCUUUGUACAGCACACCACGGAAAACAGUUACACUGAGCAGUUACGGAGGACAUGUUUUUCAAGAGAAGGGUGUGUGGAACUACUCCACCAUGCUCCUGAGGGAAGAUAUGGGUGUGCUCAUCCUGGGAGCUCGAGGGACCAUUUUUGCCCUGGACCUCAAUAACAUCACCCACAAGAAGGCUAUGGUAAAGUGGGAAGUGAUUCCAAGCAUGCGGACAAGUUGUUCUUUCAAAGGAAGGGAUUUUGAGACUGAGUGUCUGAACUACAUCCGGAUCCUUCAUAAAAUGUCCGAUGGCAGGAUGUAUGUAUGUGGUACCAAUGCUUUUGAUCCCACAUGUGACUAUAUGUCUUAUACAGACGGCAACCUGAUUCUGGAAAAUAACCAAUAUGAUGGGAGGGGAAAGUGUCCAUUUGAUCCUUUUCAGAGAUCUGCCUCUGAACUUGUUGAUGGACAGCUGUACUCUGCUACAACUGUGAACUUCAUGGGCACAAAACCAGUUAUAAUGCGAAGCUUUAAUAGCACUAUACAGACAGAAGUUAGCGCUUCCUGGCUCUGGGACCCCACUUUUGUUGGCAUGAAGCAUGUGGCUGAGGGAGAGGAAAACCCAGAGGGAGAUGAUGACAAGAUUUACCUUUUCUUUAGUGAAGUAUCGAUGGAGUACGAUUCCUACAAAACACUGGCAGUAUCAAGGGUGGCCCGCGUCUGUAAGGGGGAUCUGGGAGGACAACUGACAUUGGUGAGGAAGUGGACAUCAUUUCAAAAAGCUCGCCUGGACUGUUCUCUUCCUGAAACCAAACUGCCUGUCCUCAUACAGGAUGUGUUCCUCUUCUGUCCAGGCAACUGGAGCACCUGUGUGUUUUAUGGAGUCUUUACCCCACAGACGGUCUUGUCACAGUACUCUACAGUGUGCGCCUACAGAAUACAAGACAUCAGGGAAGUGUUCUCUAAAGGCAAAUUCAAAACCAUGGUCAAUAUCGAUAACAAUCUAAAAUGGAUAACGUACUAUGGAGACGUGCCUGACCCCCGACCCGGAGCAUGUAUUAACAAUGAUGCAAGGCAGAAAGGGUUUUUCAAGUCCUUGGACCUGCCUGAUAAAACACUCCUAUUCAUCAGAGACAGACCUCUAAUGGAUCAGGCAGUGGAGCCGCCUUCUAAGCAACCUCUACUGGUGAAGAAAGGAGCUGCGUUUACGUCGAUAGUGGUGGCCAGCACUACUGCUUUGGAUGGGAGCAUCCACCAGGUCAUGUUUAUUGGAACAGCAAGUGGUUCAGUGCUGAAAGCAGUCAACUAUGACGGAGAGACUGUGAUCAUUGAGGAGGUGCAGCUCUUUGCGCGUUCUGAGCCGGUGAAGAUACUGCGCCUCUCCAGCACUGUGGGGCAGCUGUAUGCAGGCUCAGAUGUGGCAGCCGUGCAGAUGCCACUUAGUGCAUGUGACUAUUACACUUCCUGUAUGGACUGUGUUCUGGCCAGAGACCCCUACUGCGGCUGGGACCUCAUCUCUAACAGCUGUGUGGCUGUAAACAGCAUUCUCCCAGAUUCACACAGUGAGGUUGUUCAGAGUCUGAGAGAUGGAAACGCUUCACAUUGUCCUGCAGUUGAAAGCACCAAGACCAUUACAUUCUUCUACCCGGGUAACACGGUCAGCCUGCUGUGUGAACCAGGAUCAAACCUGGCUCAAGUGCAGUGGCAUGUAAACGGUCACCCAGUUGAAAACUCCAACGUAUACCAGAUUCAGCACAACACCCUGCUCAUCCUCAAUGCCUCGGAAAGUGAUGCCGGCCACUACAAUUGCACCUCUGUAGAGACCAUCAAGGGAGUAGAUUAUGUCACCCAGACGGUUACAUAUGAGCUGAGACUGGGAAACUUCAUGCAGAGUAUCUUCUUGGCUCUCACAGUUCUAGUCAUCAUUUUAACACUGAUAUUAUUGGCACUUGUGAUAUGGAACUUCUACAAAGGGUAUUUAUCCUUUUCAAAAUGCCUCAAUAAUAAUAAAGAAAGUUUGUCUGGAUCCACUGCAAACAUAGCAUCAUAAAUAGCACAGCAUCAGAAGAGUGCAGCAGCAAAGUAAUAAUCACAAUGGACAACAACAAAGCUUCGGGUCAUUUUGGCAUUGAUGUGGACAUGGUCAAGGAAGACUAUCCUGAGCAAGCCAUGAAGAUAUUUGUUUUCCAUGCUGGAGUAGCAGACAAAAGUGUAAAACUGAGGUUCUUGACAGUUGCAGUAGUGCGGUUGGCUGGCGACAUGUGAUUCGGAAGGAAAACACGUAAUAGUACAGUAAGUCGGGAGGGCCGAAGACUGAUAGUAGUAGCCUUAAUGUGUGAGCCCCCUAGUGACGGGGAGGAAAAGGAAACGACUAAAUUAGGGGGUGUGGAAAAGCUUGACUUUUGCUCCUGGGCUUUGUUUAUGCAAUGAACUUCAGUUACCCACCAAAGCUGAAAUACAGUGUUUUAUAAAUUCUCUUCCCGAGUACAGUCCCCACACAACUAACUUCUUGUGUGUU